UUCUUUACGAACACCCCGCCGCUGUUGCCUUGUACCACACUCAGAGCUUAAACAAUCACAACGACAGAUUUCUGUAAUACGCCUCAUAAAGGGCUCGACACUUGAGCCCGAAGAGUUUUUCGGCAGCAAUAUUCCGCCUUACGCAAUCCCAUCGCACACCUGGGGCAAUGACCAGGUGACAUUUGUUGACCUUCCUCUCUAUACACCGGAGACACGUGCCCGAGUGGGAUACCAGAAGAUUGAGUUUACCUGCUAGCAAACAAUGCGUGAUACACUCAAUUAUGCAUGGGUCGAUACGUGCUGCAUUGAUAAAAGAUCUAGCUCAGAGUUUUCCAAGGCUAUCAAUUUUAUGAUUGCUUAGUACAGGGACGUACGUCGUUGCUAUGCAUAUCUCUCAGACGUCCUGGGAGAAGAGAUGGGUGAACAGUUUCGCAAAGUAGAUGGUUUACCAGAGGCUGGAUGCUACAAGAACUCUUGGUACCGAGAGACGUUGUCUUCUACAACUACCAGUGGCACCAGUUAGGUCGAAAGUCUGGCCAUUCGGAGUUGAUAUCCGAAAUGACGGAAAUAGAUGAGGGCGCUUUGACAGAAAUGAGUAGCACAUGGCAUGAGAAUGGUAAUAUAUCUGAUGCCUAUUGCGCCUCACCAAGAGAGACGAUCCGUACAGAAGACAUGACUUACUGUCUGUUGGGGAUUUUCAGCAUCAACAUGCCGCUGCUAUACGGGGAAGGUGGCCGGGCCUUUCAUCGCCUGCAAGAAGCGAUCAUUGGAAGUGUGAACGAUGACUCGAUACUCGCUUGGGGGCCGCAG